GUUUCAUAGGUCAUGUGAAAUUGAAAGUAGGAUCUCGGUCUAUCGGGAACACGUAGUAAUUAAGUAUGGAUGAAGAAGAACCCAUGGAUAUUUCAGGAGAGUCUUUCUCUUUGGGAAGUCCAUCUAGAUUACAAAGAAAUUCUGCCAGUAGAAUUAUUCCACGUCGACAGUCCUUUCCCAUCAAACAGCAAUCAAGGUCUGAGGAUCGUCAGUUCUUGACUAGCAGAACUCCCAAACGUUUGUCUAUGUCCGCCCUGCAGUCUAACUCAAGGGUAGAUUACUCUAAGAGAUAUUCCUCAAUUACACCUCAACACUAUCAACCCAGUUCUGUAGAACUGCCACCUCCUCUGAGUGAACAAAUCCACAACCAUUCAACACCAAUCAGAAGUUUGAGUGAUCGUUAUGAACGACCAUCAAAAAUUACACAGAGACAUCAUAAACAUAAAUCCUCGGACAAAGAGGAAGAGGAGGAAGAUGAUCCAUACAUUAGACGUAAAAACAGUCGCAGAAAAAUUGAAAGGAAACGUUCAGAACCAUAUAUAAGUAUCAAACAGAAACUGGCUUUCAUGGCAUUUCUGGUAGUGUUGUUUAUCAUUAUCCAUAUUAUAAAUAGUGCUAGACCAGGGCAGUGUAAGGUAACUGUUGAUAUUCCAAAACUAAAGGAUCAUCUCAAGAAGAAUGUGUUUGGUCAGCAUAUAGCCUCAGAUUUAGUAAUGUCACUGGCAAAGAACCUGUCUGUACAUUUCCGUAAGUCCUUAAAUAACUCCCAGACUGUUGUCUCUUUCCAUGGCUGGUCUGGUAUAGGCAAAAAUCAUAUUGCAAAAAUACUAAAACAGAUGUUUCGACCAGUCAAAGUUAACACAUUCCUUGUUCCCCUUCACUUCCCACAUAGGUCUCAGGACCAGGAAUACCAGGCGCUGAUCCCACAGUGGAUAAAGGCUAAUAUUUCACUCUGUAACAUGAAUGUAUUUAUUUUUGAUGAGAUGGACAAAGCGUCAGACAGCGUGAUCCAAGGACUUCAAACUGCUUUGACAGAAAUCAAGAAUUCCAAUUUAACUACAAGAGUCUGGACCUUGUUUAUUCUACUCAGUAACAGCAGAGGGUCGGACAUCAACAAUUAUCUGUUCUCUCAGCUAGAAAAUGGUCGUGAAAGAGAAAAUCUUACACAAGAGGAGUUUAUCCCUACACUUACCAGUGAUACAGAAGGGAGCUGGUAUGCUUCUCUCCUUGAGGAGGGACUUAUCACACACACAGUGCCGUUCCUGCCUCUCACAGAGACACAUGUAAAAAGCUGCAUCAUCCGUGAUUUAUACCUGAAGAAUAUGGUUCCUAACAAGGAGACUACAGAGAAGAUUCUGGGGGAGCUUCCAUUUAACCAACCAGGGGAGAAAGGUGACCGUUACUCUACAACAGGCUGUAAGAGAGUUUCCUCUAAAGUGGACCUACAUAUGGACGACUGACAAAGUUGACAUACAUAUAGACGACUGACAAAGUCGAUCUACAUAUGGACCACUGACAAAGUUGACAUACAGAUGGACGACUGACAAAGUUGACAUACAUAUGGACGACUGACAAAGUCGACAUACACAUGGAUCACUGACAAAGUCAACCUACAUAUGGACGACUGACAAAGUUGACAUACAUAUAGACGACUGACAAAGUCGAUCUACAUAUGGACCACUGACAAAGUUGACAUACAGAUGGACGACUGACAAAGUUGACAUACAUAUGGACUGACAAAGUUGACAUACAUAUGGACGACUGACAAAGUCGACAUACACAUGGAUCACUGACAAAGUCAACCUACAUAUGGACAACUGACAAAGUUGACAUACAUAUAGACGACUGACAAAGUCGACAUACAUAUGGAUGACUGACAAAGUCGACCUACAUAUAGACGACUGACAAAGUCAACAUAAACAUGGACGACUGACAAAGUCAACCUAUAUAUGGACGACUGACAAAGUCGACAUAAACAUGGACGACUGACAAAGUCAACAUACAUAUAGACAACUGACAAAGUCGACAUACAUAUGGGGAACUGACAAAGUCGACAUAAACAUGGACGACUGAAAAAGUCGACAUACACAUGGACAACUGACAAAGUCGACCUACAUAUGGAUAACUGACAAAGUCAACCUACAUAUGGACAACUGACAAAGUCGACCUAUAUAUGGACGACUGACAAAGUUGACAUACACAUGGACGACUGAUGAAGUCGACAUACAUAUGGACGACUGACAAUGUCAACCUACAUAUUGACAACUGACAAAGUCGACCUAUAUAUGGACGACUGACGAAGUUGACAUACAUAUGGACAACUGACAAAGUCGACCUAUAUAUGGACAACUCUGACGAAGUUGAACUACACAUGUGGAACUGACAAUGUAGGUCUAUACAUGUGGAUGGCAAUUUAUUUAUAACAAUCUGGACUAAUUUUCAUUAAAAGUGUCCAAUGUGAAGUCUUGGUUCCUCUCGUGGUUAUACAGUAAUACAUGUAUAAAGCAAUCCAGUUUCUGAUGGGUAUUACAUUCCUCGUAGAUAAACACAGGGACUUUGCAUGAAUUUCCAACUCCACAGUAUAAUAAUAUAUUAUUUAGUAUGAUACAUAGAGUACACAUACAGGAUUAAGGUGUUAUAGGAAUGUGUGCCAAGUCCCUGUGGUGGUGGUGAUAGUUAUGUUUUGUUAUGAAUUUGGUAUGUCAUGAGUGUGAUAAAAUGUCUCAAUAUUUUUUUUUCAUAAUUUGUAUUGACCAUCAAAUUGAAAUAUUUGUUGAGGUACAGGAUUAAAAUAUACAUGUAGAUCAUCAAGUAUGGCAGCUACAAAAAGUAAACUAAAUACUGUUUUUGUUCUGUUCACAAAUAACAUUCGCUAUAUUGUGUUCAUUCUUUCAUAUACAUGUAUAUACAUGUGUAGCGGAACUGUACUGGGUCAAUCAUCAGCGACCAGGUAGCUCAGUUGGUAGAGCAUCUGGCUAGUGUUAGGCGGUCCCGGGUUCGAACCCCGGUCUGGCUGCUACAUUUUCUCUUUCUCCUCUUACACAUGUAGAUAUGUUUGAUAUUAGAUUAUAUGUAAUACAUUUAACAAAUGAAUCAGAUAGACAUUAAUUUACAUGUGACAAUUUGAAGAGGUUAAAGACAUUGAAUGAUUUAAGUAGGAUUAGUAUGAACCAGAUGACUAUUAUAAUCAAAUCAAUAUUUCAAAAUACUCAUAAGUCUGUUUAUAAGUGUUUUCAAUGCAGUGAUAUAUUGAUGUUUAAUGAGAUGAUGUGGAAAACUAAAUAUUUAGCAUUUUGUAUUUUAAUUAAAAAACUGUUGCUUCCAUUA